ACGUUUUGUUAUCACUUAUCAUUAUCAAUUCUUAUAUUGUAGGUAGUUAAUAUAUUUUGCUUUAUUAACAUUAUUGCAAUAAAUUGUGACGAAUGAAACUUAAAUGUCAUUUUUUUAAUAUUAUUUAAUCAUAUAUAAAAAAUAAUAAAAUAAAUAAAUAGUUAUAUUUAUUAACAAAUAUAAACGAAAUCAAAUAAAAUGGAUAUCAUACAGAAUUUCAAAAGCGCUGUUUGGAUCAAACAGUGCUGGAACUUAUUGAAAAUGAAAAAUAAAUCAGAAGAAAUAUUAAAGCAAUGUAGAUCUAUACCAAAAGAGGAGGGAUUAAUAGAUUUGAAUUCUUUAAUUAACAAUAGUAAUUCCUUUCCUAUACCAUUCCCUAUACAUACUGUAAGAUUGUCAGAGUUAAGGAAAAGAAAACCAUUGGAAAAAAUUAUGAGAAACAUUGAAUCAACAUAUGCACUUGUUCAUGAAAGAGUUUUGCUGCAAAUGGCCAAUUUCUUAGUUUUUAAAAGAGAAUAUGGAUCGAGUGUUGAAAGAAAAUUGUACAAAGACAUGACAGUUCCACAAUUUGUUGAUAGGCUUUUAUUUAAAAGGGCAGUCACUUUCAUGUAUCCGGAAGAUUUCUUUGUGCUGUUAACUGGAGAAAGAGAUACAGGGGGAUGGGAGUCUGUAGGUACAUUACAACAAAAGCCUCCCCUACUACUGGAGAAUUGUUUGAGUUAUGAUGAGAUGAAGCUGUCUGCUAUGUUGUAUGUGAGCGGGUUCACUUACUGUAUCAAUGAUGGCAAGAGAAACAACUCGGGAGUCGUGGACGAGGACGGAGUGGAAGAGGAGGCGGUUAUCAUUGGUCUUAUAGGUGCACGUUUUGAACGUCCUCGCAAAAUGGAUUUCGAAGAUGUUCUCAUAACGAAAGACCAAAACACUGUUCAAAAUGGCUUCGGACAACCUGAUAAUAAUACAGAUAGCUGGAUUUCCAGGUGGCGCCAGAUGUGGUCUGAGUUUUACGAUAUUCCAUCACUUCUUUAUAAAGAUCUGCCAGAUAUAAGAACAGACGAAAAAAAAUAUCUCACUAAUUAUGUGAGAAUAGAUGAUAAUACUGUAUUUAGUAACGAGGUCUAUUAUAAAAGAAUUAGCGUAUUGGCGGAUACAACACUCUUAGAAGCUGAGUUCAGAGCCAAAGAAACGGGAAAAAACGCGUUUAUUAAUGUUAUUGGAUGCGGUCUAGGUGUGUGGCGUAUAUCGUCACAUCAAUCGGACGUGUACAUUCUCACAUUCAUACAAAGAAUUGAAGAUUUCCUUAAAAAAGGUUUAAUAGAUCACGUUAGCGAUAUUAAUUUCUCGUAUAUCAGAGUAUCUGAUGACGUCAGAGGUAUAUUUCAGCAAUCAUCAAGCGGUACGGUAGGAAGGAAAUUAAUACAUCACGAGGGACAUCCAAAAGGUGGAGUAAACAUUCAGUUGGAGAACAGAGAGCCUUCCUCCAAGUUGUCAGGCGAACACGCGGGCAAGUUACUAGUGAUGACUUACCCCUGGGACGGAAACGCACACCCAGGAAACGAAUUUUGGAUAGGAAGUCUAUCAGGUUCAGGUGACCCAGCGGCCGCGUGUUCUACACAGGUGUCCGAACUACACAACGCUCACAUCAACACCACACUCAGAGGAGACACUGUGAGAGUGGCGGCCGAGGGGGGAGUACGGCCGCUCAGGGAAUACUGUCUCACUCACACUAGGCAGUAGUGGAGCAAGGCGUGAGCGAGACGGAGAAUAAUAUACGCUUAUUAUAUAUACCAUAAAUAUUUACUUUUAUCGAAAUGAUCAGGAAAGAUUAUCUUUUUCUCUCGUUCUAAACAGACUAGAGGGACGUUCGAGCGAGGCAGAAAAUAAUGCAUAAAGAUAUAUGACGUAAUUGCAAAGUUAAAAUUUUGCCCUUACGUCCACCUUCUCAACAAUCUCCUCCCCGCUGAUGUUAGAAGCUUUGGAGGGUAACUACUUCUUUGCCCUUGAAAUCAACUAAAAAAGAAGACCUCCAAGAUUUCAAAAGUCCAACAGUCCCAACAAAAUUUCAAUUUCUUUCGUAGAAGACCGUGGUCGCCCGGAUUAAAGAAACAUUACUCUUUGAAUUCAAAGCUAUGUAUAUAUUCUUCAAAUAUUGGACCUUGAUCGCAUUACGAGCAACCUCCUACAAUGUCCACUUCUAAAAAUCACAUAUAAAUCCUCUUUACAGUCACAUUCGUACUUAAUGCUAUUAGAAGACCAACGAAUGUCAAGUCAAACUGUUCAAAUUACUAGGCUGCGAACUAUGGCAUAUAAGGAACUAUACAGUGUGAAUUAGGUAGUAGUCCUGGAGAUUUGCUUCAAAACCAAAUAUCACAGCAUCGAUCCUCUGCAUUGCCCCACAAACUUCAAUAAAGAUCUAUACUUAGGGCUAUAGAUCUUUUGAUAAAUUCUAUCAAAAUGGCUUAAUUUAUAAUAAUAUCAAUGUCAGCCUGGCAAAAGCAUAUACUGUAAUUCCGAUCUAAUAACUUCCGGCGUCAAGAAGAGGGCACCGCUCCGUGUAUCUAAAAGUUCACUAAGGGCUCCUCUCGUAGUCUCUUCUCACGUUUCUAUAACAGGAAGUUCAACAAAUUUAAAUCUUCGUGGAUUUCAAUGGAGCAAAAAAUAUCAACAUUACAAGGCAAAAGAGAACCAUAUAAGAACACUACAUUAUUUACUUCCUAGUCCUACUCAGGUGAUACAGCAAAUUGGGCAUAUCUACUGAUCCAUCCCGUUUCAUGAAUAACUCCGAUCUUCACUGAGAUCUCAACUUUCCAUAAUAGCGACCAAAUUAAGUUGCUUUCGAGACUCUAUUGGACAUGGCAAAAACAUUCCUGAACCCGAUUCAUCAUCAGUCCCACUCCUCUCUUCCGAUGUUCUAAGCCGAUAUUGGUACCUUUAUCAUAAAUUUGCUUGUAAUUUUCUGUCUUAUAAAAUAUUGUACGAGUAAUUAUCAAUGUUUUGGUAUAAUAAUGCUGACUUAUGGUCUUCUAUUUUCUGACCUGGUCCCACUUUAUAUGUGGUCCGCAAACCACAUUCUUAGCUUACACUUUAGACUAUCAGCGUCAUCUUAACGGUCACGCCUUUAUUCAUGUCAUCGUUCACGCAUGCAUGUCCAACAUUCUUGUCACGUGACAUUCAUCCCUUCACAUAAUAUGCCCAUACAACGCUAAUCUAUUACUUCUUAAUUCCGACUUGGGUACGGCUUCAUAAAGUUACUAGUGGGACUGAAAUGUCGUACAGGACUGGAAAACUAUGAAAGUGAAAAGAUCCACCGGACAUAAAUGCAAAUCUAAAAGUA